UCGAGUCACGUGAGGCGGGCCCACGUGACCGGAGGCCCGACCUCCAACAUGGCGCCGCCCACGGGUCGAGGGCUUCUCUUCCUGGUCGCGCUGCUCGGCUUCCUCGGGGCAGCGUCCGGCGGCCUUGGCGCUGGGGCCUCCCGCGACGACGACCUGCUGUUGCCCUAUCCCCGCGCGCGCGCGCGCCUCGCCCGGGACUGCACGCGGGUCCGCUCCGGCAGCCGCGAGCACGAGAGCUGGCCCCCGCCCGCCGCGAGCCCCGGCGCCGGCAGCCCGAGCGUGCGCGCCUUCGUCUCGCACUUCAGCGGGCGCGCGGUGGCCGGCCACCUGACGCGGGUCGCCGCGCCCCUGCGCACCUUCUCCGUGCUGGAGCCCGGCGGGUCCGGAGGCUGUUCCGAGAGGCGCCGCGCCACGGUGGAGGAGACGGCGCGGUCCGCCGGCUGCCGCGUCGCCCAGAACGGCGGGUUCUUCCGCAUGAGCACGGGCGAGUGCCUGGGGAACGUGGUGAGCGACGGGCGGCGGGUGAGCAGCUCCGGGGGGCUGCAGAACGCGCAGUUCGGGAUCCGCCGCGACGGGACCCUGGUCACCGGGUACCUGUCUGAGGAGGAGCUGCUGGACACUGAGAAUCCAUUUGUGCAGCUGCUGAGUGGGGUUGUGUGGCUGAUUCGCAAUGGAAGCAUCUACAUCAAUGAGAGCCAGGCCACCGAGUGCGAUGAGACCCAGGAGACAGGUUCCUUUAGCAAAUUUAUAAAUGUGAUGUCGGCCAGGACAGCUGUGGGCCAUGACCGUAAGGGGCAGCUGGUGCUCUUCCAUGCAGACGGACAGACAGAGCAGCGUGGCAUCAACCUGUGGGAGAUGGCUGAGUUCCUGCUGAAACUCGACGUGGUCAACGCCAUCAACCUGGAUGGAGGUGGCUCUGCUACCUUUGUGCUCAACGGGACUUUGGCCAGUUACCCGUCAGAUCAUUGCCAGGACAACAAGUGGCGUUGUCCACGGCAUGUGUCCACCGUGGUGUGUGUGCAUGCGCCCUCCUGCCAGCCACCGGACUGCAGCGGCCAUGGGACCUGUGUGGAGGGCCGCUGCGUGUGCACGGGGCCCUUCUGGCGAGGCGCUGCCUGCAGCGAGCUGGACUGUGGCCCCUCCAACUGCAGCGGCCACGGGCUGUGCACGGAGACCGGCUGCCACUGCGAUGCUGGAUGGAUGGGGUCCAACUGCAGUGAAGAGUGUCCCCUUGGCUGGCAUGGUCCAGGCUGCCAGAGGCCUUGCCAGUGUGAGCACCAGUGUCCCUGCGACCCACAGACUGGCAACUGCAGUGUCUCCCGAGUGAAGCAGUGUCUCCAGCCACCCGAGGCCACCCCGAAGGCAGGAGAGCUGUCCUUUUUCACCAGUGCUGAGAAUCGAACCCAGUGCCUGACACAUGCUAGGACCACCUGGCUGGCCCUCACCCUGGCCUUGGUCUUCCUGCUGCUGCUCAGUGUUGUGGCCAACGUGUCCUUGCUGCUUGGCUCCAGAGCAGAGAGGAAACGGCACCUGGACGGGGACUACGUGUACCACCCACUGCAGGAGAUGAAUGGGGAGCUCCUGGCCUCGGAGAAGGAGCAGGCUGGGGACACCCAUGACCCCUUCAAGGACUGACCCCAAGCUGCCCCAGUGGCCUGUCCUGGAGGAUUGUACUGUCCACCCGGACCAGCUUCUGCAGGAGGGAUUCUGAGGCCGCCGACGUGGACCCUGCAGAUGCCUGAGCGCCAGCACUAUGGCCAAGCUUCCAUGGCACCUGUGCCACCUCCCACCUGGCCCUGGCCUGCGCCCACCUGUCCGCCUGCCAUGGCACAUGCAACCCCAGCAAUCCAGGGCUGCCCGGAAGACUGCUUCUCCUCCCCCGCCUGCCUGUGUCUGCUGCCCGAGAGGCCUGUCCUCCUGGAGGGCCUGUGCACUGCCAGAGUCCCCCGCAUCCUGGGGACAGGGCCCUGGUGAACCUGUGUUCAGUUCCUGUCCCCACAGGGUGGAGUCAAGGGAUCAGCCUGCCUUUCUGGUCACGUCACAGAGCCCCUUUCUGCAGACUCGCGAUUUGCCGGCUGGAACUCUGUUCCUGUCCUAGGAGCCCUCAGGGAGAGCUGGGAGGGAUGAGAUGGGGCCAGGCCGGGUCAUCCUGCCUCCAGAAGGUUCUCUCCCUUGAAUAAACGGGUAUCCUGAAGGGAGCCGCCA